AUGCCACGGGAGAUUAUUACCAUUCAGGCCGGACAGUGCGGCAACAGCAUUGGCAGCCAGUUCUGGCAGCAGCUGUGUCUGGAGCAUGGCAUUAGCCAGGACGGCAACUUGGAGGAUUUUGCGACCGAGGGCGGCGACCGCAAGGAUGUGUUUUACUACCAGAGCGACGAUACGAGGUAUAUCCCGCGGGCGAUUUUGAUUGAUCUUGAGCCGAGGGUAAUCAACGGCAUCCAAACCGGCCCAUACAAGAACAUCUACAACCCCGAAAACUUCUACGUCGGCAAAAAUGGCGUGGGCGCCGCCAACAACUGGGGCGACGGUUACCAGUCUGGUGAGGCUGUCUGCGAGGACAUCAUGGAGAUGAUUGACCGCGAGGCCGACGGUAGUGAUUCCCUCGAGGGCUUCAUGAUGCUGCACUCCAUUGCGGGCGGUACGGGCUCCGGCUUGGGCAGCUUCCUCCUGGAGCGGCUCAACGAUCGGUUCCCCAAGAAGAUUAUCCAGACGUAUUCCGUGUUCCCAGAUACGACGAACUCGGGUGAUGUGGUGGUGCACCCGUACAACAGUAUCCUUUCGAUGAGGCGGCUAACGCAGAAUGCGGAUUCGGUUGUGGUGCUGGAUAAUGGGGCGUUGUCGCAUAUUGCGGCUGAUAGGCUGCAUGUUCAGGAGCCGAGUUUUGGACAGACGAAUCAGUUGGUUGCUACCGUCAUGUCGGCUAGCACCACGACUCUCCGAUAUCCAGGCUACAUGCACAACGAUCUCGUCAGCAUCCUCGCGUCCCUCAUCCCAACUCCUAGAUGCCACUUCCUCAUGACAGCCUACACCCCCUUCACAGGCGAUCAAGUCGAACAGGCCAAGACUGUGCGAAAGACUACAGUGCUCGACGUCAUGCGCCGACUCCUCCAGCCCAAGAAUCGCAUGGUCUCUACUGUUCCCGGCAAAAAGAGCUGCUACAUUUCCAUCCUGAACGUGAUCCAGGGCGAAGUUGACCCCACAGACGUCCACAAGAGUCUACUGCGUAUUCGAGAACGUAGACUGGCGACGUUUAUCCCCUGGGGUCCGGCGAGUAUCCAGGUAGCCUUGACCAAGAGGAGCCCGUACAUCCCUAUGAGCCACAGGGUUAGUGGGCUCAUGCUUGCCAACCACACGAGUAUUGCGACUUUGUUUAAACGCAUCGUGAGGCAGUACGAUGGUAUGCGCAAGCGCAACGCCUUCAUGGAAGGGUACAAGAAGACGGCUCCUUUUUCAGAAAAUCUCAACGAGUUUGAUGAGGCGAGGGAAGUGGUGGCUGACUUGAUUGCCGAGUAUGAAGCUGCUGAGGAUGCAGAUUAUUUAAGUCCUGAUAAUGGUGAGAAGGCGACUUCUGCAGAGACGGAUAGGAGGAUGGGGUGA